UUCAAUUUCACAGAACAGAUAAGUAAAAUAAAUAUUUUCCAAAAACCAAAUCCAUUUAGAAAGGAUCAUCCGCCACAUAUCCCAACUGGCACCGCAGGUUAUGAAGUUUUCACCUUCUAUCCAACCUUUGAGGAGUUCAAAGAUUUCAAAGGAUCUCCCGAAGGAUGGACACCGCGACCGACCAAAGGGAAGUUCAAGUACAAGGAUGACCAAGUAGAGCAUUUCAUUAUACAAAGUCCUGUAGAGGAGUCUGUCGAUCGUGAAAAUGAUGCGAUUAUAAAAAAUAAUCUCGUCUACAAAAAAUCUAUGACAGCAUUGGAAUAUAGGAAACUUGCUCAGAGUCCUAAGUACCGUAAUCCUUAUCCCGAUUUGCGUGGCAAGGAUAUCGAAAUCCAAUAUUUCAAAAAUAUGUUCACUUCGCAUCCAAUUUAUGGUGCCGACACGGAGGGUUCUUUUUAUGACGAAGGUGUUAACGAAUUCAACAUGAAAAAACUCGGGACUAUUUUGGACGAAACAAAGGAUGCCACUGGAGGAAAGGAAUUUUGCGGGAAAUGUUCUCAGUUUAUUGCUUAUUUUGUUAAAGUUCACUUUAUUAUUGUCAAAGGUAGGAUAAUAUUCGAACCAGAAGAAUCUGUAAUAAAAGGUGUGAAUUCUGUCUAUCUCUACUUUGGAAUGUACGGUGCAUCGUUUGCAUGGCAUGUAGAGGAUAUGGAACUCUAUUCUAUCAACUUACUUCACUAUGGCUCACCGAAGUACUGGUUCGCCAUUCCCCCGGAGGCCUCACCACGCUUUGAAAGACUUAUGCGACAGCAGUUCCCAAACUAUGAUCGACAGUGCAAGGCUUUCAUGCGUCAUAAAAGCUUUAUGGUCCUUCCAUCCCUUUUGGACAAGUACAAGAUUCCUUAUGGUACUAUGAUUCAAUACCCUAAUGAGUUUAUAAUAACGUUCCCUCAUGGAUAUCAUAUGGGUUUCAAUCUUGGAUACAACAUCGCGGAGAGUACAAAUUUCGCCACAGAUCGUUGGAUUGACUUUGGUAAGAAUGCUGUUUUGUGCAAAUGCAGGUCGGAUAUGGUGGAAAUAGAUAUGACGCCUUACAUGAAAAAAUAUAGAAGGGAUCAAUUCGAGAAGUGGUAUUCAUACUGGUAUCUGCCUAAACCAAGUACAGAGGUUGACUAUCUACCGAAAAAGAAGAAGAAAAAACGAGAUGAGACGAGUUCUAUCGAAAAUCUCUCAAUUGAGAGCGCGAAGAGACGACGUACCAGUGAAAAGAAUGAGAUUAUAGCAAUGCUGUGGUCCAAUGAGCCGGUUAACUUUUUCGCAGAAAGGACUUUUAAUCAAACCGCCGCCCGUAUUUGGCCCCAUUGUGCUGUUUGUCAAUACUUUCAACCCAUACAUAUGUCAACGUCUGCCAAGGAAGCUCCAGAACGUUCUCCACGGCUAGCAUUUGGUCUUUGCUUUGCGAAGGAUCCGCGAAGGGUUCCCAGCUUGGAUUUGACUGAGGAUCGACUUCUGACGUGCUCGAAUUGCUGCGUAACAGUUCAUCCCUCGUGUUAUGGUGGUCAAUCUAUCAGCAUUUCAGCAUUGGGUGAGAUCGGAUAUCUCGAGUCGUUUGGCUUUUUCCUUGUUGCUCCCAAACGUCUUUUUCUCACCUCAGGCACCUGGCUGUGCUUCCGUUGCAAAGAUCGAAAUGACGUGGCCAUUCGAGGUACAUCAUGUCAUCUUUGUGAGCUUCGAGGAGGUGCGCUGUUGCCAUGCCGUGCUGGUGCAGAUAUCUGUGCCUUCGUACAUACAGUUUGUGCAAUUUUCAAUCGGCGGACUGUUUUCAAUGACGCGAAUAAUCCCUCUUGCUGCUACACUCACCCUCCAUCAAAACAAACUUCUAUCAAUGGCGUAUUGAACUACUUACCAAAGGAGUAUGUUUACGAAAUGGGCGAUGACUACGAAAACUCUCGCUUCCAGUGUGAUUUAUGUGGCCAUUCUAGAGAAGGCCUUCUAAGGUGUACAGCGUGUGAUGAGGACGGUGAUCCUGUUCUCGCACAUGCUACAUGCGCAAGACAAGCAGGGUUUCUGUUUGAACGACGCACCUACCCUCAAAUAACCGUCAUGAUUUGUGAUCGACACCAAAAACCUGAAGUGGGACCGCUGAUGGAUGUGAAUUUGGGAGACAUUGUGAUAGCUUGGAUGGACGGCGGUUCUCGGGUACGACAGGGCAGGGUGGAUCGUUUGGUCCUACGAACGCUGCUAACGAUCGACUUUGAAGAUGGAUCAGUUUCGGAAAACACAUUGCCUAGUGACAUCGUACAAUGUGGCUGCAUUCGGCAGCAGGGUUGUCGCGAUGGACAACAUCAACCUGGCAGCAGGGUUAAAGUGCAUUGGAGUGAUGGUGAACUCUACGAUGGCUACUAUCGAUGUAUCUCGAAGACUAUCGAGUACACAGUUGUAUUCGCAAAUGGAACAUCUGCUCGCCUACCACGGGCUGACCUCUAUGGGGCUGAUGAUCCAGUACCACCUGAAGUUCGAAGACGUCUACGCAAGCGGAAAGUUUAUCAGAGUUCUAUUAAAGUCGAAGGAAAUCCGGAAGUUCAAAUAAUUUCUAUGGCACGAAUAAAAGAAUCAAUAGCCAGCACCUCGUUCCCACGUAACACUCGAGCUCAUCAGCUUUGA